AUGAAUUCCAUCUCAGAUGUCAGUCAGCUUGCGCCCUCUGUCGAGCGCAUGUGCGACGACCUCCUAAAGGUCCUCAUCCACUGCAACUAUCCCCUGGACCCUGACAGCCUCGACCAAGUCCGCGAUAAGUUCUGGGACCGAGUCUUUGCCUCCGGCUGGACCACCAACAAGGAUAACAUGCCCCCUGGCCAGCUGCGCAAGCGCACCAACGACGAGGCCUCCCUCACUAUCGGCACCCUCAAUCAAGAUGUGGCCAAGAAGGGCUCAGUCCCCAGCCACCGUCGUGCCGGCCAGUCGGUCCUUCUCAAGGUCAGCAUGAAGGUCGGUGACAACUGGGAGGACGUUGAUGCCAGCUUCUUUUGGGUUGACCAGCAGGGCCACCGAGGCUCUGAGCUCUCCAAUGCCUCCAUCGACAUCGAGGGCGAUCUCACGCUCGACGAGGCCAAGGCCGAGGUGGGCAUGCACUACGACAUCAAUGAGAAGGAACGCGUCGGCGGCUGGAACUGGGACAAGGUCGUCCACUGGGGCCGCUAUCGCCUGGUCAACUUCGCUCAGCAGCUCAGAGUCCCCAACACGGAGGAUGUGAGCGAACUCAAGCAGAUUCGACUGGUGGAGGAGCACUGGCUGGAGAAGGAGGAGCUCAGACAGAACUUCCUGAACAAUGAGCAGUUGUUGAGAGGUGACUAG